GAGAAGCCGGCCGGGCUCAGGGACGAUAAUGGCGGGGGUCCCGCGGCUGCGGCCGCUGCUCUGGCUGCUGUUGCUGGCCGUGGCCUUCGCCGCCCCGGAGCAAGAGGCCGGCCGCGAGCGAGACCUUCCGCCUCAACAGGAGCAGCAGAAGCCGCCGCCGCAGCAGCCGCAGCCGGUCGUGCAGGGGCCGGAUCUCGCCCGGGCGGAGAAAGGACCUACCCUGGUUGUUCCCAUCCAUUCCGUUAGUGAAGAUUCUUCGGAUAAAACUAACCUAGGAUUUAUCCAUGCAUUUGUGGCUGCCAUAUCUGUCAUCAUUGUUUCAGAACUGGGCGAUAAAACCUUCUUUAUUGCUGCUAUUAUGGCAAUGCGUUAUAAUCGCUUAACAGUGCUGGCCGGUGCUAUGCUGGCCUUAGGGCUGAUGACGUGUCUAUCCGUUUUAUUUGGUUAUGCUACCACAGUAAUUCCCAGAAUAUAUACCUACUACGUGUCAACAGCGCUAUUUGCAAUUUUUGGCAUCCGAAUGCUUCGAGAAGGCUUGAAGAUGAGCCCAGAUGAAGGUCAGGAAGAAUUAGAGGAAGUUCAAGCAGAACUCAAAAAGAAAGAUGAAGAACUCCAGAGAAUGAAACUGUUAAAUGGGCCUGGAGAUUUGGAAACGGGUACAGGCCCUGUGAUACCUCAGAAGAAAUGUCUGCAUUUUAUUUCUCCAAUUUUUGUGCAAGCAUUUACUUUAACAUUCUUAGCUGAAUGGGGUGAUCGCUCUCAGUUGACCACCAUUGUUCUGGCAGCAAGAGAGGACCCCUAUGGUGUGGCAGUGGGUGGAACAGUUGGGCAUAGCUUGUGUACUGGCCUAGCAGUGAUUGGAGGAAGAAUGAUAGCACAAAAAAUCUCAGUUCGAACUGUGACAAUCAUAGGAGGCAUUGUUUUCUUAGCAUUUGCAUUCUCUGCACUAUUUAUAAGCCCAGAUGUUGGAUUUUAGCAAGACAUUUUUCCUUUUCCUUGAAAUACAAGAAUUAGAACCAGUGACUCUGCCUUUGGUUUCCUGUAUAUAAUGUACAGCUACUUCGUCAAACAAGCACUGAAGAUAGGAUGCUGUCAUUUUAUAGUAACAAUUAGUUUCAUAUAUUUUGUAGAUACAGUUUCUGCUGGACACUUAUAUGAUCUAUAUAUUUGGGACAUGAAUAAUGUACAUUUGCUUACUGUAUCGGCUCAGAUAAACAGGUCCAGCUCCUGAAAUUUUGUGGACUUGUUUUACCUACAGAUGUUCAAAAACCACUGCUUGAAAAUCCCCUCUGAUUUUAUUGCUCAAGCACAGGGUUCCACAAUCAGAAAUGAAGAGCUAUUCCAGUGACUAACUCAUCUACUCAAGACAUUGAAUGUGGUGGACUUGUGGAAGGAUCAGGAUACUUUGAUAUAGAAUGUGCUAAUUCAGAAAUGGUCUCAAAAUACAGAAUCCAUCUAGAUAUUUACAGAUCAAUGUUUUUGUAUUUAUACUGAACAUUUGAUGCAUUUUCAGAUUAAAAUAUUCUUAAAGUGG